AUGGAUGCGGCUCUAGGCGCACUGCCACCCGGUCGCACGGGUCGCGUGCUGCUCUUGGACCCCGCCGCAACCGACACUUUCUCACUCUACGCCGAAACGAUACCAGCCUGGCCCGCGGCAUGGCACGUUUCGUACUGUGCAGUGUUGGGAAAACGCCCCAGCAGCUGGAGCGUCCCCACAGAUUACCACGCUAAUCGCAACGGUUUGCAGAUUGCAGCACUUCUGCAUGCGAGCAACGCCCGUGCAGUGACCUGGCUGCUCGAGUGGCUGGAAGAUAUUGGUGCGAAGGCAGCAGCACCACCGCUGCUGAGUCACAAACCCGCUGCACACCAUCAAAGAGAAGCGGCAUAUGGGCAGAUGCCAGCGGCAGCGCAAACUGCGCAGCCACAACAUCGAGUCGUGUUCACUCCAUGGAUCUCGGAGAGCGCAUUGCGUCGUCUCGCCAAAGCUGGAUGGUUGAAAAACUGCUCCAUUGGACUGCUGGAACCGCGAUUCCAUCGAGUGAGCCCAACAUUGCUGACCCUAGGCUGGGUAUCGCUAACGUCACUAUCGCACGCGUUUACCUACCAGUGCGAUUAUGCACAGGCGCUUGUGCGCGCACUUGGCUCUCUCGGGUAUGCGUGGGAAGAGAUACGAGCCCUGGGAUCAUUCUCUGAGAAGGUCGCCGAACAACUAGCCAGUGAAUAUGUCGAUCAGCACCACACAGAGCGGCCACUUGAAGCGCGUAGCGCUCCGGAGACGUGUACUGAAUCGGAAGCGGCAACAGCAACAGCAACAGCGGGUACAGAUGCUGCGACAAUCACUUGCACUGCCCACGUUGCCGAUACCUCUCCCACUGACAGUACGCCUGAUUCAAUGCGAGAUGUUUCGCGUGUCUCGGCCACGGCUUGGCAACAUCCUCGCGUAACGCGCUCAACACUUCACUCUUACACAGCGGCAUCAAAUGAGGUUGCACCUGAUCACCCGUACCGUUCAGUGCGUUCAUCACUGAGACAUGACAUCGGAGACUUGCUGACGCCCCGGGAUGGGGUCCUGGAGCCGUGGCAACUGCUCGGUCACGGGUCGCUAGCAGACACCACCGGGCACCACAGUGCCCAUGGACAAGAUGCAGUCGACGCCAGCACGAAGCGCACGGCGGCUUGUUUCCGCCUCCCGGACCCGGCGCUACGCCACAACGGUACUGCCACUGCAUGCGAACAGCAGCCACGAGGCCGCCUCGUUCUCCUCGAUCGAUGGUUAGAUCCUAUUACCCCGCUGCUCACGCCGAUCACCGUGGAAGGCCUGGCGUACGAAAUCUACAGGGAGCCGUUUUGGAAGCGCUGGCAAUCGACAGAGCUCCAGUCCGGCACUGCGUUUCAACAGCAGCUCCAGGAACAUGCGAAACGCAUUCGUAGUGACCUGCAUGCGGCUGCUCUAGCCGAAGCGAGCACUCCUGCUGCAACGGAGACCACUUCGUUUCGUCAGCGAGUGCAAACGAUCUGUCGAGCGCCGUUUUUCGAGGCUACCGCUAAAAUUGGCGAAUGGGCUCGUCAGCUGAAGCGUUUUUCAGAGACGCGUCCCGAUCCCAAGGAAGCCUCUAUGGACGAAAUGACCGCCUAUGUUCGAGCGUUGCGCCACAACCAAGCAGAGCAGGCCGUGGUGUCUGCGCUCUUGCACAUCGUCGAGCGUUUGAGUGCCGAAACCUUCGAUCAGGCCUAUUUUCGGGAGCUGCUCUCCCUAGAGCGCGAUCUCCUGACUGGCGAAGCGGAACGCCGCAGCGCUUCAGAGUCCGUUGCUGCACGCCUGGAGCGCCUACUGGCGGCGGUAGCUGCAGCUCCAGCUGACAGCUGGCUCGCUGACACUGCAGUCUUCUGGCGGCUCGUCCUGCUGCACGGUCUCUGCACCGGUUCUGAUGAACUGCUUGAUCGCUAUCCGAGUCUGCUGCAUACUGCUGUAUGUUGCUAUGGACUCCAGCAAUUGCGUUUGGACUGGCAGGCGCUCUGCGAAUCUGACCUUUUAGCGCCCCUGACGCGUCGCCUCCAAGGUUUGCGGCACGGGGCUGGUUUUCUAGCCGCCAGCAACUUUGACUGGCCGCUCCUUCGAGAGGUGCUGGAGCUCACGGCAGUCGAACCGAGCGUGAUGGACGCAUACGCGGGGUAUUUGCCGCUCAGUGCCGCCUUAGCUGUAGUCGCUUGCGAUGGGAAGCGCUCGAGCCGCCAUUCUGCAAUGUCGCCGGCUCGAGAGCCGCGCAGCAAACCUCCCGGCCAAAGUGCAGACGUCAUGGAGCGGCAUGACGAAGACAGCAAUCCCCACGUUAAAAGCGUUGAGCACCAGCUGAGCGACAUGAACGCUACUUCCCGGAUGGAUGCGAGUCUGGGGCGAUCUUCCCGUUCAGAGAAUGAGGCCUCCAUGCGUCACGAGCUGCAGACCCUAGAGGCGGAUCGCUCUCUGCUCAUUCUGCGUCAGACGCCUAAUAUCUUGCGCCCGGUACGUCCACGCGGAUGGCAUCACAGCGCUUUCGCCGAGCUUUGCCAGAGGGCGCUUCGAUGCCGGAGUCGCCCGCUGCAGAGGCGGAUUCCGCAGACGCCAAGGCAGCGGGCAUCACGCUCGCCUCCGAGCACACAAAGCCCAACACCAGCCACCACGGAAUGCAUUGUCGUACUGGGUGGUUGUUCGCCAGUCGAAGCGCAUUGCAUAGCAUCAACAGUGGCGCGCUGCAGGGGUAACGCGUGUGCUGUCCAGGUUCUGAGUACUGGUCUGUUUUCGAGUCGUGAGUGGCUCAUCGCGGCCAUCCACGACCACGAUCGUCCGUCUUGGAUGCAUCCAGAGCCCUGA